AUGGCCGGCUCGAUUGCCGCCCAGGCCGCGGUCCUCGGGGCCAUCCUGCUGCUCGCGGGGCUCGCGGCCGCCCAGCAGACGCCGAGGGCGCCCGCGGCGGCGGCGGCGCCCGCGCCCGACCCCGGCUGUAACGGCAUCCAGCUCACCUACAUCCUCCAGGGCCGCGAGAAGAUCCGCCCCUUCGUCCCCGACAGGAACAAGCAGCCUUACUCCUUCAAGGCCAACGCCUCCGUGCUCAACGGCGGUACCCGCCCGCUCAGGUCCUGGGCGAUGCUCGUCACCUUCGGCCACGACGAGAUCCUCGUCGGCGUCGGCGGCGCCGUGCUCACCGGCGGGGCCGAGCUGCCCUACAACACCACCGAGGAUGCCGGCAACGCCACAUCCUUCUCCGGCUACCCGCAGACGGACCUCCUCACUCCGAUUGCCACCGCCGGCGACAUCACGCAGAUCCAGGCCUCCGUCGGAUUGGUCGGCACGCUCUUCGCCGGCCCGCGCGGCCUCGUGCCGGAGCCGCUCCCCACCGCCUUGACGCUCGACGACCCGGACUACAACUGCCCGGCGGCGACCAAUGUCACCGCCACCAUGCUCACCACCUGCUGCCUCCUCACCCCCGAGGCCGAGGCCAACGCCACGGUCCCCGAGGCCAACGCCACCGACCCCACCAAGAGCUUCCUCCCGCGCCGCACCGGCGACCUCGUCAUCACCUACGACGUCGUCCAGGCAUACCCGACCAGCUACCUGGCGCUUGUCACGCUCGAGAACAACGCCAAGCUCGGCCGCCUCGACAACUGGCGGCUGUCGUGGGAGUGGCGACGCGGCGAGUUCAUUUACUCGAUGAAGGGCGCACACCCCUUGGAGGUGGACGUCAAUGGCUGCAUCUAUGGCGCACCAGGCCAGUACUAUCAGAGCCUGGAUUUCUCCCAGGUGCUCAACUGCGAGAAGAAGCCGGUCAUCCUUGACCUGCCGCUGUCCCGGUACAAUGACACACAGAUGGGGAAGAUUGAGCAUUGCUGCAGGAAUGGCACCAUCCUGCCCAAGUCCAUGGAUGCGGCUCAGUCAAAAUCGGCGUUCCAAAUGCAGGUGUUCAAGAUGCCACCGGAUACCAACCGGACAAAGCUCUUCCCACCGGCCAAUUUCAAGAUCUCUGGCGGCUCAUCGCUGAACCCAGACUAUAGCUGUGGCCAGCCAGUGCCUGUCAGCCCCACCGGGUUCCCUAAUCCCAGCGGGCUCGACUCUACAACGCUGGCGGUUGCGACAUGGCAGGUGGUGUGCAACAUUACCACGGCCAAGGGGGCCAAGCCCAAGUGUUGUGUCACCUUCUCGGCUCACUACAAUGACUCAGUCAUUCCCUGCAACACCUGUGCAUGCGGUUGUCCUGUGAACCGCCGGGGUCCUACCUGCAGCACGACUGCUCCAUCCAUGCUCUUGCCGCCGGAGGCGCUGCUUGUGCCGUUUGACAACCGUACACAGAAAGCACAAGCAUGGGCUCAGUUGAAGCACUACAACGUGCCUAGGCCAAUGCCUUGCGGUGAUUUCUGUGGUGUGAGCAUCAAUUGGCACGUCUCAUCAGACUUCAACAAGGGCUGGAGUGCUCGGGUUACAUUGUUCAAUUGGGGUGAUGUCGACAUGGCCAACUGGUUUGCUGCCAUGGUCAUGGACAAGGCGUAUGACGGAUUUGAGAAGGCAUACUCUUUCAAUGCAACAGCAGAGGGCAAUAACACAAUCUUUAUGCAGGGCCUUGAGGGGCUCAAUUACCUUGUGAAGCAGACCAACAUGAGCGGGUCGGAUUACCUUGUGCCAGGAAAGCAGCAAUCAGUGCUCUCAUUCACCAAGAAGCUGACUCCUGAUAUUGAUGUUGUCGCUGGAGAUGGGUUCCCAACAAAGGUCUUCUUCAAUGGUGACGAAUGUGCUAUGCCGCAGAGGUUUCCGCUCAAGAGUGGUGGAUUCAGGACCCAUCUAAGCAGUGCCCUUGCUUGGGUCUUGCUCAUGGCUUCCUCGGCCUUGCUGUUGCUUCAGCAAUAA